AUGAAGAACAUUGUUAUCAUAUUGGAUGAUGUCUGGGAGCACCUUAGGUUGGAGGAGUUGGGUUACCCUCUUGGUAUGGAGGGUUAUAAGCUGAUUCUAACAACUCGCUCGUAUGAAGUCUACCAAAAGAUCGGUUGUAAGGAACUACUCAAAGUAAAGAAACUCAAUGUUUCUGAUGCAUGGGAGCUGUUCAGGAAGAGUCUAGGAUCUGAGACUCGGCUUAGUCCAGAUAUGGAGAGAGUUGCCAAAUCCAUGGCAGGAAGGUGUGAGGGCUUGCCGCUUGGGCUCAUCACUUUGGCGGGAAGAAUGAGAGGGGUGACUGAUAUAAGGGAGUGGAACAACGCUUUGAAUAAAUUCCCCGAUGAUAUGGAAAAAGAUGUUUUCAAGGUACUGAAGUACAGUUAUGAUCGGUUGAAUGAUGGGUCGAGUGAUAUAACUAUGCAAGAGUGCUUUGUAUCCUGA